UCUGGUCUCGGGGUUGGAGUCGGAGAGGGCGGGGCGAGAGAAGCUGGAAGAAGUUGCGAAAGGCGCGCCUGUGGGGCCGCUUGGCUGCGAGGCCGUCUUUCCGCGGGGAAACUAAGGCAGCUUCCCACAUCUCCCUGCUCCUGGUUUGACUCUGGCGUCUCCCCCUCUUUCUAGGAGAGAGGAACCCUGGAUCGAUAUCUGAUGAGGGAAGGCAGACUAGCACCUCCCGGUGGGUUCCAGUAUGCAGCCGAUUGGUACCAUUGUUUCCUACGCAAGUGCCAUGGAGCAGGACUGUGUCUGGCAUUUCCCAUUGGCUCCAGAUGAGCCAGGCCCUAAGCUGUGGUGGGUCAGAAGAGAUUCCUGGAGUACACAUAGAGCAAAAGAGGAAGUACCACAUCACAAAUAAGCUUCCAGCCACCAAAGGUUCUCCACAGCCAGUUGAGGAAAAGGUUGGUGCCUUCACGAAGAUAAUAGAAGCUAUGGGGUUCACAGGACCUUUGAAAUACAGUAAAUGGAAGAUUAAGAUUGCAGCCCUGCGCAUGUAUACUAGCUGUGUGGAGAAAACUGACUUCGAGGAAUUCUUUCUAAGGUGUCAGAUGCCAGAUACUUUCAAUUCAUGGUUUCUUAUAACCCUACUUCAUGUCUGGAUGUGUCUAGUCCGAAUGAAACAGGAAGGCCGGAGUGGGAAAUAUAUGUGUCGGAUCAUAGUUCAUUUUAUGUGGGAAGAUGUUGAGCAGCGUGGCAGAGUCAUGGGGGUUAAUCCCUACAUCCUGAAGAAGAACAUGAUCCUCAUGACAAAUAAUUUCUAUGCAGCAAUCUUGGGAUAUGAUGAGGGGAUCCUUUCAGAUGACCACGGGUUGGCUGCUGCCCUCUGGAGAACUUUCUUCAACCAGAAAUGUGAAGACCCUCGACAGCUUGAGUUGCUGGUGGAAUACGUGAGGAAACAAAUGCAGUACCUGGACUCCAUGAGUGGUGAGGAUCUGCUUCUGACUGGGGAAGUGAGCUGGCGCCCUCUGGUGGAGAAGAAUCCUCAGAGCAUCUUGAAGCCCCGUGCACCUACUUAUAACGAUGAGGGUCUUUGAGGGGCUGGUCCCUGCAGGCUGCUGGCCAGCUGGCUUUGAGGAAGUCUAGUGGACGAAGUGCUUGGUUGGUCUGGGGCCCUGCAGAAAGUGGCCUGAAUUGACCUGUGAACAGCGUCUGUCAAGUACCUGGCCCAUUUGUUGGUUUUCCUCUUAGUGUGAUCUGGUGGGGGCAUAAUGCUGGCAGAACCUUUAGCUCUUCUGAGCUGUUGGCUGCCUUAAGAGGAGAGGCCAAAGCUGGUCAUGGUGGUGCACACUGUAAUCCCAGCACUCUGGGAGGCUGCAACAGGAGGAGGUU